AUGACAGACAGCGGGCAACAGAGCUCAAGUGAGUCAAGUGCCGCGGAUAAGAAGAGAGCGACGAACAAUGGCAGUAGCAAGAAGGAACUCAGGAUUUUGAUGCUUCAUGGAUACACCCAAUCCGGCCCCCUCUUCCGCGCCAAGACCCGCGCCCUCGAGAAGCUCCUCCAAAAGGCCCUCUCCCCGCUCGGCCUGGUCCCCACGCUGAUCUACCCGACGGCGCCGAACCGGCUCUCCGCCCGCGACGUGCCGGGCUACGUACCACCACCGCCGGCGGACGAGGGCGGCUCGGCCGAGGCCGAGGCUGAGGCCGACGACUCCGACUCCUGGGCUUGGUACCGCAAGGACGAGGCCACGGGCGCGUACCGCCUCCUCGACGCGGGCAUGCGGCGCCUGGCCGAGACGAUGCGCGACGUCGUCGGCCGGGCACAACCGCCGCCGGAGCCCUCCUCCUCCUCAUCCCCCCCGGGAGUCGGCUGGGGCGGCAUCGACGGCGUCGUGGGCUUCAGCCAGGGCGGCAGCAUGGCGGCGAUGCUAGCGGCGGCGAUGGAGACGCUCCCCCCCCCCGCCGCCGCGGCAGGUUCCGGUCCAGGUCCGGGUUCGGAUCCGGCCCCGCCGCCGCGGGAGGCGCCACUGGGCGCGGACUGGGACUGGGUUGGCGCGGUGCGCGAGGCGAACGGCGGGGUGCCGCUGAGGUUCGCCGUCGUGUACAGCGGCUUCUACGCGCCUCCGGCGGAGCUGGCGUGGCUCUACGAGCCCCCGAUCUCGACGCCGACGCUGCACUUCAUCGGGAGCCUCGACACCGUGGUGGACGAGUCGCGGAGCCAGGGUUUGGUGGCGAGGUGCGAGGACCCCGUCGUCGCGGUGCAUCCCGGCGGGCACUACGUCCCCAUAUCGAAGCAGUGGGUCAUGCCACUGGUUGGCUUUAUCCAGAAGUGUGUUUCCUGA